AUGGCUUUCCAGUGCCCCAUGAACUCCCCUUUCGACUGCGUCCUCCUAGACCUGGACGACACCCUGUACCCGGGCGGCACCGGCAUUGGGCCGGCUCUGAAGCGCAACAUCGACGAGUUCCUCAUCGCCAGGCUCGGCCUCGCGGCGGACAGGGCGGCCUCCCUCCGCGUGGAGCUCUUCCGCACCCACGGCAGCACCCUCGCCGGCCUCAUCGCACUCGGCCACGACUUGCACCCGGACGAGUACCACAGCUACGUGCACGGGAGGCUCCCCUACGACAGGAUCGCCGCUGACCCGCGCCUCGCGGCGCUGCUGCAGAGCAUCCCGCAGCGCAAGAUUCUGUUCACCAACUCGGAUCGCGCGCACAUGAAGAAGGCGCUCGAGCGGCUCGGCGUCGAGGAGGCCUGCUUCGACGACGUUGUGUGCUUCGAGACCAUGAACCCGCACCUCUUCGUUGAGGCGAAAGAAGACGAUGAUGGUGCCAGCGCCGACCGUGCGGUUGUGGUCUUGAAACCGUCCGUCGACGCCAUCGUCGCCGCCCUUCGUGUGGCCGGCACAGACCCAAAUCGAACGCUCUUCCUUGACGACAGCGAGAGGAACAUCACCGCAGGGAAGGCUCUCGGCCUCUGCACAGCGCUGGUUGGCAAGAGGGUGAGGAGCAAGGACGCGGACUACGCCCUCGAGAGCAUCGGCAACCUCCGACGAGACAUCCCUGAAAUCUGGGGCGCUGCCGUCGACGAGCUGCAUACCGACCACAACAUCGAAGAGAACAAUAGCAUGAGGGCCGACCUGGACUCCAUCAUCCAGCCCAGGUCAAUCCAGGCCUAA